GGAUCUGCCCUGUGAUUGGUCCAUUCCCCAACCAAUGAUCGUUUUCCCUUUUCCAGCCGGCCCCUCCCCCAGCCGUGGCCCCUCCCCCGGAAGUGCUUCCCCCCUCGGAUCUCCUCCCCCCUUUACUUCCGGAUCCGGCUCCUCCCACUUCCUCUACGGUCGAUGGAGCCGCGUUAAAACCCGGCCCCAACCCCCUCAACUUCCCGUCCCUCAACCGGAAGUCACGUUAUCUCCGAUCCCGGAAGUAAAUCCUCCGACCCGGAAAUCGAAAAGCAAAGGUCCUUACGUUUGUUUCCAAUGCGCCAAAGAGUUUAAGAACGGUUACAACCUCCGGCGCCAUCAGGCCACCCACGGAGUCAGACCUCCAAGCCACGUGGGGGCGCUGUCGCCCGGCACGAGCGUCACUUCCGCUUCAGUCUCUAUGAUCCCAGAUGGUUCCACUUCCGGUCCUCCAAUCCACAUGGGGGCGCUAGAGGACGCCGGAGCUGCUACAACCGGAAGUAAUAACCGGAAACGGAAGAGCCAUUCGUGUGAGGCUUGUGGGAAGGCCUUCCGGGAUGUGUAUCAUUUAAGGAGGCACCGAUUGGCUCAUUCGGAUGAACGGCCGUUUCAAUGCCCCGUCUGUCAGCAACGCUUUAAGAGGAAGGAUCGCAUGGGACACCACCUGCGGGGCCAUCAAGGGGCUGUGCAUAGACCCUAUGCUUGCUCGCAUUGCCCUAAGGCUUUCUCCAGGCCGGAUCAUCUCAACAGCCACGUGCGCCAGGUGCACUCCACUGAGCGGCCAUUCAAGUGCCAGACGUGUGAAGCCGCCUUUGCCACCAAGGACCGUCUCCGUGCUCACGCGGUUCGUCACGAGGACAAAGUCCCGUGUCACGUGUGCGGGAAACUGCUGAGUGCGGCCUAUAUCGGGGAUCACAUGAAGGUGCACGGACACGGACCCACACACGUGUGCGGGCUCUGCAACAAAGGUUUCACCACAGCGUCAUAUCUCCGCGUUCACUCAGUGAAGGAUCACGGCAGCCCCCACCCCCCCCCCGGCAGCGGCCGCUCGGUUCGUUGCCGUUUGUGCGGGGUCCAUUGUGCCACGGCCGCGCAGCUACGGGGGCACCUACAGACACACGACGCUUCCGCUUCCGGUCAACAACUCACUUCCGGUUCCGGGCAGCUCACUUCCGGUUCCGGGCACCCCACUUCCGGUUCCGGGCAGCUCACUUCCGGCUCCGGACAACUCACUUCCGGUUCUGGGCAACUCACUUCCGGUUCUGGGCAACUCACUUCCGGAUCUGGGCAACUCACUUCCGGUUCGGACGUUUCCGGUCUGGAUGCGGCAACUUCCGGUCCCGGCCACUGCGAAGGGGGAGGUGAAGCGACGGAGCUGGGGUGAAUGGAGGUUCGGGGUGGAGCUGCCCCACAGCUGCCCUAUGGAUCCUCCCCAGCCCUAUGGGGCCCACGUAGAUCCGGCUCUGCACCCCAUGGAUGUGUGGGGCUGCCCCAUAGAUGUGUGACAUCGGAUCGUUAUGGGCUGCCCCAUAGAACCAGGUCGAUGCCCCAUAGAUGUGUGGGUCUGCCCCAUAGAAACACCUGGAUGCCCCAUAGAUGUGUGGGGCUGCCCCAUAGAUCACAAUUCUAUCCUAUGAAUCACUAUCCCACCCCAUAGAUGUGUGGGGCUGCCCCAUAGAUCACUGUUCUGCCCCAUAGAUCACUGUUCUGCCCCACAGAUGUGUGGGGCUGCCCCAUAGAUCGCUGUUCUGCCCCAUAGAUUGCUAUCUAACCCCGUAGAUCUCUGGGGCUGCCCCACAGAUUGGGGUCAUCACCCCAUAGAUGUGUGGGGCUGCCCCAUAGAUCGCUGUCUCACCCCAUAGAUAUGUGGCGCUGCCCCAUAGAUCCACCUCAGCGCACCAUAGAUGUGUGGGGCUGCCCCAUAGAUCACUGUUCUGCCCCAUAGAUCACUAUCUAACCCCAUAGAUCUAUGGGGCUGCCCCAUAGAUCACAGUUCUGCCCCAUAGAUCCCUAACCUUGCCCCAUAGAUCUGUGGGGCCGCCCCAUAGAUCACAGUUCUGCCCCAUAGAUCCCUAACCCUGCCCCAUAGAUCUGUGGGGCCGCUCCAUAUCGUCCCCAGGCCCCGCCCCCUUUUAGGCUCCGCCCCCUCAAUAAAAACCAAUGUGAAACCGAAACAAACCCCUAAACCGGAAGUGACGUCUAUUUCCGCCGCCGUAAACCGGAAGUGACGCUAAAAAUAUCGCCGCCGAGACCGGAAGUGGCCUCACCACGUGACGCGGCACGAAAGGAUAAUGUCAAUGCGAAAACCGGAAGUGAUGAAAUAAAAUGGCGUCCCGACCGGAAGUGCACUCACCACGUGACGCUGCACGAAGGGGAAGUGUCGGCGCGUAAACCGGAAGUGACGCAAUAAAACGGCGUCACGACCGGAAGUGACAUACCCGGAAGAGAAACGCCGACACCUAAAGAGAUCCGCCAUCUUGGCGGCCAUUUUGGGUUGAAUUUGGGUGGAUUUGGGUCAUUUUAGGGCUACAAAAAACACCACAAGCCCAUUUCACACCACAGCCGCCAUCUUGGACUCACUUUGGGGCCGUUUAAUGUCAUUUUGGGGCCAUUUGAUGUGAUUUUGGGUCCAUUUAAUGCCAUUUUGGGUCAAUUUAAUGCGAUUUUGGGUUCAUUUAGAUCAAUUUGAUGCAAUUUUGGGUCAAUUUCAUGCCAUUUUGGGUCCAUUUGACGUGAUUUGGGUCCGUUUGAGGCCAUUUUGGGUCCAUUUAAUGCCAUUUUGGGUCCGUUUUGGGCUUAUUUAGGUCAAUUUUGGGUCAAUUUCAGGCCACUUUGGGUCAAUUUGGGAUCGAUUUAAUGCCAUUUUGGGACCAUCUUGGGCUUAUUUAGGUCAAUUUUGAGUCCAUUAAAUGCCAUUUUGGGGCCAUUUGAGUCCAUUUUGGGUCAAUUUAAUGCCAUUUUGGGUCCAUUUUGGGUCAAUUUAAUGCGAUUUUGGGUCAUUUGGGGUCGAUUUAAUACCAUUUUGGGUCCAUUUUGAGUCAAUUUGGGUCAGUUUGAGGCCAUUUUGGGUCAAUUUAAUGCCAUUUUGGGUCAAUUUGGGUUGAUUUUAUACAAUUUUUGACUCAUUUGAUUCCAUUUUGGGUCCAUUUGGGGCCAUUUGAGUCCAUUUUGGGUCAAUUUCAGGCCAAUUUGGGUCCAUUUUGGGUCAAUUUAAUGCGAUUUUGGGUCAAUUUGGGGUCGAUUUAAUGCCAUUUUGGGUCCAUUUUGAGUCAAUUUGGGUCCAUUUGAUGCCAUUUUGGGUUAAUUUAAUGCCAUUUUGGUCAAUUU